AUGGUAGCUCAAAUUACCAGGAGGGCGCCAGAGAGGAGAAAUUUUCUGCCCAACGCCUGCUGGUCUAGCUGGUACGGUUGCCUAUUGUGUCCCACACUGGGCUUGCACGGAAGCGACGCUCAAGGACUGGGACCAAAACAUCGAUUUGAAAGUCGAGUUUCCUCACGAUACGGUGCGGCAAUGUUUGAAUCCAAGGGAGCAAACAUGUGUACUCAAGAUCCACAUACAACAGGAAGCAAUCCUCCUUCCCCUUGUGCACUUCAAGACGGACACUUGGGUGCCCAUGGGGCACCGCUAUUGCCGACACGUGACCCUUCGGCUAGUCAACUGCGUUCAAAGAAUGAAGUUCCACCCAGAGAGCAUUCUGGGAAGACCGGCAGUCAGGACCUUCAGCCCCCACCAUUCGGUAACCCUUGCUCUUUGACCAUACCGAAUGACAUUACCGCCGGUAGUGCCCAAGCAUAUAACAAUAGCGCUGUUCAACCUGUGGUGCUUCGUUGCAAAGACCUCACGUAUUCAGUCGCCCUGCCGCAGGAGAGCCGGUGUACCACGAGAAUGUGCAGGAAGUGGUGCGCUUCUCGGAAAGUUGCUGGAAACCGGUCGAAUGUAGAUAGUGGCCUAACUCAGAUGCCACGAAAGAAUAUUUUGAAUCUUGAAGGACUAGAAGUAUUCAACCCAGGAGAUUGCGUUGCCCUGAUGGGUAGUAGCGGAGCGGGAAAGUCAACAUUGCUUAACUGCCUGAGUGGCAGAAUCACGACUGGCGUGGACGGUGAAGUGGAACUAGGUGGUGUACACUGCACUCCUCAACUGUGCAAAAGUGUCAGCUGCUUUAUCCAACAAGAAGAUCUCAUUUACGGAUAUUUGACGGUGGAAGAGCAUUUGUACUUUCAGGCCCGACUGCGGCUACCUCGAGGAACUACAAAGGAUGAGGCGAGACGCUCUACAACCAGCUUGUUGGAAUCGUUUGGCUUGGCGCAUAUAUCAAAGUCCUUUAUAGGAGGGCCACAGGGAGCUUCGCGAGGCUCUAUAUCAGGCGGUGAGAAAAAGCGCCUUUGCGUAGCAAGUGAGCUUCUGAGUAAGCCUUCAGUAAUUUUCGCGGAUGAGCCGACAAGCGGGCUGGAUUCGUUCAUGGCCAAGGCAGUGUGCGACCAGUUGUACGCGCUGGCAGCAGUGGGCUGCACCGUACUCCUCCUGGGAGAAGGCCGCGUCAUAUACUAUGGAGAUCGCCUAGCUGCUGUGUCAUGGCUAGAGCAUAUGGGCUGCAAACCUUGUAGAGUAGAUGAGAACCCUGCUGAAUAUAUUGUUAAGGCUACAGCACUUGAAGGUCUCGAUUCAACAGCGAAAACCAAACGUUUGCAUGAAUGGGCUCAAGCAUGGAAAGCGGACGGGGACAAAUUCCUGAGAAACUGGAGGGAAUCUUCAAGGCGUAUUCCUUUACGUUUGAGCUUACUUUAUAUAUGCAGAAGAUCUGGCAGCUUAGAACAAGAAUGCCUGCGUCCUCCGGAGGUUUCUGAAAAAGGUGGUGUCGCUGAUCGCAUGGACGCAAUCAGCAAUGCUUCCAUUGAUCCUCACGAUGUGCUUCACGCAAUAUCAUCUAUCGAAACAGCACGGGACCUUAAAAGGGGACGGCGGAUAUCACCGUUUACCGAGGCCCUCAUUCUGACAAGGCGGGCGCUGCUCCUGCGAUGGAGAGACCCGGGUACCUCGUAUGUUCGUUUGGCUUCAACAUUGGUAACAGCCUUGCUACCCUCUUUCAUCUAUUUUCAAAUGGGAUGGAGCCUUAGCGAUGCGUGGAACCGUGUUUCUGCAUGCUACCAAAUAAUCCUCACCCAGUCUCUCGCCUGCCUCCUGGCCGUUGCUAGUCUCUUCCCGCAAGCCCGGCCUGUCGCGCAGCGGGAGUUCGAGUCAGGUGCUAUUCGCAUGUGGGUACUUUUCAUUGGAAUAUCGACUAGUGAUACUUUAUUAUUUCUCGUGUUUCCCAUCAUUUUCCACACGAUCGCUUUUUGGAUCAUGGGAUUGGCCUCCACAGCCGCAAAGUUCUUUUCGUCACUGUGCGUCCUACUACUUGCUGUCCUCUCCCUUCAGUCGUUUGGAUACUUCAUCUCUGCUCUAGUGCACGAUGAAGUUGUUGCUCUUGCCUUGACACAAAUUACCCAAGUAGUUCUCGCUCUAUUGUCCGGGUUUAUGACCCAGAUUGAUCAAUUGAGCGGUUUUUGGAGGGUUAUUGCAGCUUUGUCUCCUUUUAGAUAUGCUCUAGCGGACUUCAGCUUGACAAUUAUCGAGAAUGAGCACUUCGUUGGUGAAGAAGGACAACGAGUGCUUGGCGAUGACUUCCUCGAGAAGACAUUUGGGAUCAAACGAGAUACGUUCUACAGUAACCUGUGGGCUCUUGCUGCUCUUAUCAUUUUGUAG